GUCCUGAAACAUCCCGGGGAAGUGAAGUCGCCUAGCCUGCCGAACCCAGCGGAGGUACGCAGCCCUGCGCCGCAGCAUGAGCGCGCGUGGCCAGGCCCUGGGCUUCCUUCUGAUGCUGCUCUGUUCAGCGAAGGUAUUUUCCCAGUCCUGUGUUUGGUAUGGAGAAUGUGGAAUUGCAUCUGGAGAUAAGAGGUACAAUUGCAAAUAUUCCGGGCCACCAAGACCACUUCCGAAGGAUGGGUAUGACUUAGUGCAGGAACUCUGUCCAGGAUUCUUCUUCGACAAUGUCAGUCUCUGUUGUGAUGUUCAGCAGCUUCAGACACUAAAAAGCAACCUGCAGCUGCCUCUACAGUUUCUGUCCAGAUGUCCAUCCUGUUUUUAUAAUCUUAUGAACCUCUUUUGUGAACUGACAUGUAGCCCUCGACAGAGUGAAUUUCUGAAUGUCACAGCAACUGAAGAUUAUGUUGAUCCUGUUACAAACCAGACAAAAACAAAUGUGAAAGAAUUGGAGUACUAUAUUGGACAGAGUUUUGCCAAUGCAAUGUACAAUGCCUGCCGGGAUGUGGAGGCCCCCUCAAGUAAUGACAAGGCCCUGGGACUCCUAUGUGGGAAGGAUGCUGAUGCCUGCAAUGCCACCAACUGGAUUGAGUAUAUGUUCAAUAAGGACAAUGGACAGGCACCGUUCACCAUCACUCCCAUUUUUUCAGAUUUUCCAGUCCAUGGGAUGGAGCCCAUGAGAAAUGCCACCAAAAGCUGCAAUGAGUCUGUAGAUGAGACCACAGGGCCGUGCAGCUGCCAGGACUGCUCUAUCGUUUGUGGUCCCAAGCCCCAACCCCCACCCCCUCCUGUUCCCUGGAGGAUCUUUGGCUUGGAUGCCAUGUAUGUCAUCAUGUGGAUCACUUACAUGGCAUUCUUAUUUGUAUUUUUUGGAGCAUUUUUUACAGUGUGGUGUUAUAGAAAACGAUAUUUUGUGUCUGAGUACACUCCCAUUGACAGCAAUAUAGCCUUUUCUGUGAACGCCAGUGACAAAGGGGAGGCUUCCUGCUGUGACCAGCUUGGUGCCGCAUUUGAGAGCUUUUUGAGGCGCAUGUUCACACAGUGGGGGGUCUUCUGUGUCCGAAACCCUGGCUGUGUUAUUUUCUUCUCACUGGUCUUCAUUGCCGCAAGUUCUUCAGGCCUUGUAUUUGUCCGCGUCACCACCAAUCCUGUCGACCUGUGGUCCUCCCCCAACAGCCAGGCCCGCCUGGAGAAAGAGUACUUUGACACACACUUUGGGCCUUUCUUUCGGACUGAGCAGCUUAUUAUCCAGGCCCCCAACACCAGCAUACACAUUUAUGAGCCGUACCCCUCAGGAGCCGACGUGCCCUUUGGACCUCCACUUGACAAAGAGAUUUUGCACCAGGUGCUUGAUUUACAAACAGCUAUUGAAAACAUAAUUGCAUCUUACAACAACGAGACUGUGACACUUCAAGACAUCUGUGUGGCCCCUCUAUCACCAUAUAACAAGAACUGCACCAUUCUGAGUGUGCUAAAUUACUUCCAGAACAGCCAUUCCAUGCUGGACCACAAAAUAAUGGAUGACUUCUUUACGUAUGCAGAUUUCCACACGCACUUUCUGUACUGUGUACGGGCUCCUGCCUCUCUGAAUGAUACAAGCAUGCUCCAUGAUCCUUGCCUGGGUACAUUUGGAGGACCAGUGUUCCCGUGGCUUGUGCUGGGAGGCUAUGAUGGUCAAAACUACAAUAAUGCCACUGCCCUCGUGAUUACCUUCCCUGUCAAUAAUUACUAUAAUGACACAGAGAAGCUCCAGAAGGCCCAGGCCUGGGAAAAAGAAUUUAUUAAUUUUGUGAAAAACUACAAGAAUCCAAAUCUGACCAUUUCUUUCACUACUGAACGAAGUAUUGAAGAUGAACUGAAUCGUGAAAGUAACAGUGACGUCUUCACCAUCGCAAUUAGCUAUGGUAUCAUGUUUCUGUACAUCUCUCUAGCCUUAGGACACAUCAAAAGUUGUCAAAGGCUUCUGGUGGAUUCUAAGAUCUCGCUAGGCGUUGCGGGUAUCCUGAUAGUGCUGGGCUCGGUGGCCUGCUCGCUGGGCAUCUUCAGUUACAUCGGGGCGCCAUUGACCCUCAUUGUGAUUGAAGUCAUCCCGUUCCUGGUGCUAGCAGUUGGGGUGGACAACAUCUUCAUCCUGGUGCAGACCUAUCAGAGAGAUGAACGUCUUCAAGGAGAAACCCUGGAUCAACAACUGGGCAGAGUCCUAGGAGAAGUGGCUCCUACUAUGUUCUUGUCAUCCUUUUCCGAGACUUCGGCAUUUUUCUUAGGAGCACUAUCAGUGAUGCCAGCUGUUCAUACUUUCUCUCUGUUUGCGGGAAUGGCAGUCUUUAUUGACUUCCUUCUUCAGAUGACCUGUUUUGUGAGCCUCUUGGGGUUAGACAUUAAGCGGCAAGAGAAAAAUCGCCUGGACAUCCUGUGCUGUGUCAGCAGUGCUGAGGAUGUAGGAAGCGUUCAGGCCUCAGACAACUUCCUGUUUCACUUCUUCAAAAACUCCUAUUCCCCACUUCUGCUGAAGGACUGGAUGCGACCAGUUGUGAUAGCCGUAUUUGUGGGUGUCCUGUCAUUCAGUAUUGCAGUCCUGAACAAAGUGGAAAUUGGAUUGGAUCAGUCUCUUUCAAUGCCGAAGGACUCCUAUGUAAUAGAUUAUUUCAAAUCCCUCAGUCAGUACCUACACUCGGGGCCACCUGUGUACUUUGUCCUGGAGGAAGGUCACAAUUACACUUCCCUGCAAGGGCAGAACAUGGUGUGCGGUGGCAUGGGCUGCGACAAUGACUCCCUGGUGCAGCAGAUAUUUAAUGCGGCUGAGCUGGACAACUAUACCAGGAUAGGCUUUGCUCCUUCCUCCUGGAUUGAUGAUUAUUUUGACUGGGUUAAGCCACAGUCUUCCUGCUGUAGAAUCUACAAUGUCACUGACCAAUUCUGCAAUGCUUCAGUGGCUGAUCCUUCCUGCAUCCGCUGCAGGCCUCUGACUCCAGAGGGCAAACAGAGGCCACAGGGCAGAGACUUCAUGAGAUUCCUGCCCAUGUUCCUUUCUGAUAAUCCUAACCCCAAGUGUGGAAAAGGGGGACAUGCUGCGUAUAGUUCAGCAGUUAACAUCCUUGGCAAUGACACCAGCGUGGGAGCGACAUACUUCAUGACCUACCACACCGUGCUUCAGACCUCCGCUGACUAUAUUGAUGCCUUGAAAAAAGCCCGACUUGUGGCUGGUAACAUCACCGGAACCAUGGGCGCUAAAGGCAGUAAUUUCCGUGUGUUCCCAUACAGCGUGUUCUAUGUCUUCUACGAGCAGUACCUGACCAUUAUUGAUGACACCAUCUUCAACCUCGGCGUGUCCCUGGGAUCCAUAUUUCUGGUGACCAUGGUGGUUCUGGGCUGUGACCUGUGGUCUGCGGUCAUCAUGUGUGUCACCAUUGCCAUGAUUCUGGUCAACAUGUUUGGUGUUAUGUGGCUGUGGGGCAUCAGUCUGAACGCAGUUUCCUUGGUCAACUUGGUGAUGAGCUGUGGCAUUUCUGUGGAGUUCUGCAGUCACAUAACAAGAGCAUUCACGGUGAGCACGAAGGGAAGCCGCGUGGACCGCGCAGAAGAGGCGCUGGCUCACAUGGGCAGUUCUGUAUUCAGUGGAAUCACACUUACAAAAUUUGGAGGGAUUGUGGUGUUGGCCUUUGCCAAAUCUCAAAUUUUCCAGAUAUUUUACUUCAGGAUGUAUUUAGCCAUGGUCUUACUGGGAGCCACUCACGGACUAAUAUUUCUCCCUGUCUUACUCAGUUAUAUAGGACCAUCGGUAAAUAAAGCUAAAAGACAUGCCACUCGAGAUCGAUACAAAGGCACAGAGCGAGAACGACUCCUAAAUUUCUAGCCCUCUUACAGGGUUUGGUGACUUUGAACUGUGUCUAGGAUGGGUCAGUUUACCACUGGACAGUGGCUACACUGUCAAGGCUGAGCUGAACGCUGGAUGCUCCGACAUCAGGCUGCAUCUCAGCAGCAGCUCUGAAUGUUUUUAAACUCAGGAAUGCACACUUGACUUGUGAAGCAGUAUUAUGGCAUCUGAAGGUGACCGCAGGACACUAAAGCCUCCCCCUGGGAUCUUGGGCAAGAGGAAGGACACAUCGGAUGGCUGCUCACUGAUGUUUUCAUAGGCCAA